AUGACAGAAAGGAAGAAGUUCUUGCGAGACCGCAAUCUGUGUUUCAAGUGCUGUGAGUCUACGAAUCACCGCGCAAAGGACUGUAAUGUGCCAGUUAAGUGUAGAGUGUGCUCUAGUGAUAAACAUUCCACAGCACUGCAUGUCGGUGUUACCCAUAGGACUCAAAGCAAUCCUGAGCCUUUGGUCGGUGAAGCAGCCGAGCUCCAUGGCGGGGAGCCACAAACGUCUUUGUGUACAGAAGUAUGCGGACCAGGAUUUUCUGGGAAAUCCUGCGGGAAAGCGGUACUUGUGCGUGUUUACUCUGCUGACACGCCUCAGAACUAUUAUCAUACUUACGCUCUUAUCGACGACCAGAGCAAUAGGACACUGGCCCGUUCAAAACUUUUUGAUGCUCUGUGUAGCCCAAAGACACAGUCAGUGCAGUAUACCCUGUCGACUUGUGCUGGGCGCUCAACUGUGACUGGAAGACAGAUAUCUGGACUUACUAUAGAAUCACUAGAUGGAACAUUUAGAAUUGGUCUUCCACCAGUUAUCGAAUGCAGUAAUAUUCCAAAUGAUCGUCAAGAGAUCCCUACACCAGAUGUGAUAACACAUUUUGAACACUUGAAAGGUAUUCAGAUCCCACCUCUUGAUGAGAAGGCAAACAUUUUACUUCUUAUUGGAAGAGACUUACCAGAAGUACACCAUGUAUUGGAACAGAAGACGGGGCCAAGGACUGCUCCAUUUGCCCAGCGGCUACCACUUGGUUGGGUAGUGAUCGGUAACGUUUGUCUCGGAGACACAUGUACACCAUCAGCUGUAGCUAGCGUCAACAAAACUACAAUCCUGAGUAGUGGACGACCAUCUGCAUUUGAACCAUGUGAUAAUCACUUAGCUGUUUCAAUAAAUACUGGAAAAGGUGACAGAAUUGGACAGGAUGUGUUUGUUCGGACAAAGGAUGACGAGAAUGAGGGAUACUCUGUCGAGGACCGACGGUUCAUGAAAAUCAAGGAUAAGGAGUUUACGAAAACACCAGAUGGUCAUUGGGAAGCCCCAUUACCGUUUAAGGAGUCACGUUCCGCUUUACCCAAUAAUAGAGAGGAAGCGCUGAAACGUGCACGGAUCCUACAGAAGAGUCUUCAACGAGAACCUGUGAAACGGGACCAUUUUCACACUUUUAUGACAAAGCUGCUGCAAAACGGACAUGCAGAAGUGGCGCCACCACUUGAUGCAGUACAGGAGUGCUGGUAUCUACCGUUAUUCGGAGUGUACCAUCCACGGAAAAGGGACCAAGUUAGAGUGGUUUUCGAUUCCUCAGCUAACUACAAGGGAAUCUCACUAAACGCUGUUUUGAUGUCAGGACCUGUGCUAAUGAACAGUCUAGUUGGUGUCCUACAUCACUUUCGCAAGGAGCCAGUUGCUGUAAUGGCGGAUAUACAGCAGAUGUUUUAUGGAUUUUUCGUGACAGAGAAUCAUCGCAAUUUCUUGCGUUUCUUUUGGCACCAGGACCAUGAUCCCCACAAAGAACUGGUUGAGUAUAGGAUGUGCGUCCAUGUUUUUGGAAAUUCCCCUUCUCCGGCGGUUGCGACCUAUGGUCUCCGUCGUUGUGUGGAACAUUCUGAGGAACCGGAAGUGAAGGAAUUCGUUAACAACCAAUUCUAUGUGGACGAUGGUUUGGCAUCCUUCCCUACAGAAGAGGAAGCUAUAAGUGUAUUACAGAAGACACGCGAGACUCUGUUUCAAGAGGGACAACUUAAGCUCCACAAGAUAGCGUCCAACAAGUGUCGCAUAAAGGACUGGAGGAAUUGGAAGGACUCUUUAAAAUCUCUGGAACAUCUACAGGUGCCCAGAUGUUUACUUCAGCAUUCCUACAAGGACUGUGAUGUGAAACGUUUGCAUGUGUUUUCAGAUGCCUCAGAGCAAGCGAUUGCUGCUGUUGCAUUCCUGCAAGCUAUUGACAGUGAUAGAACUAUUCAUGUAGGCUUCACAUAUGGGAAAUCCAAGAUAGCACCAAAACAUGGCCACACCAUACCGAGGCUUGAACUCUGUGCGGCAGUGUUGGCUGUUGAAGUCGGUGAGAUGGUAUCUCAACAUCUUGGACUGGAAUUGAGUGACAUUCAGUACUAUUCAGAUAGUCGAGUGGUGUUAGGAUAUUUACAGAAUACAAGUAGAAGGUUCUACAUUUACGUCAGCAACCGUGUUGCCAGGAUCCACAGGUCAUCUCAACCUGAUCAGUGGAACUACAUAAGGACCGAGAUAAAUCCUGCAGACUCAGGAACAAGAAUCAUGUUGGCAUCUCAACUUCAGGAUAGUUCAUGGCUGAAAGGUCCGGACUUCUUAUACAUAGAAACUAAGUCUGAUUAG